CCCGCCGCCUCCGCGCCGGCCGCCGCGCCCGCGGCGGAGGCGCCCGCCGGCGAGCCCGCGCCGCUGAGCCCGAUCUCUCAGGUCAGCGAGGUCUCCGAGGACGAGGGCCCGAAGGGCACGGCGCCGGCAGGCAUGCCCGGCAUGCUGGGCGGCAUGCUGCCCGGGCUGCCGGGCAUGCCGCCGCUGCCGGGCAUGCUGCCCGGCCUGAUGCCCGGCAUGAUGCCUGGCCUGCCGGGGAUGCCCCGGCCUGGCAUGCUGCCUGGGAUGCCGGGCGCCGCGAUGGGGCCGGUGCUGAUGCAGGGCGUGACGGGGCAGCUGGUCUACGGGAUACCCGGCGUCGGCAAUGUCCCGGGCCUGUCGCCGGGGAUGAUGGGCAUGGCCCCCGGCGCCCCCGGUGGCGGGCCUGCCGCCGCCGCCCACCUCCCGCGGCGCCGAAGGCCGCGGCCCCCGCGGUGCCCGCGGCGGAGCCGCGCGCGGCGCCGGUGGUGCUGUCGGUGGAGGAGGAGCUGGUCGGGAAGGUCAUCGGCCGGGGCGGGGAGGUCGUGAAGGAGCUGCAAAAGGACGCGGGG